AUGGCUUUUGGAUCUAGAAGGAAAAUCAAGGCCAUUUUGGUCGCUGCUUCUGCUAUGGUCUUUAUUUCUCUACUUGGAACGUUUGGAUCCGACUCUGUUUACGAGAAGAUCAAGACCUUUGAUGUUAGCUGGGGUUCGAAUGUGUCCGGUGGGUUGUCAUCCAUGCUGCAAAAGAAGAAGACUGUUUUAUAUGAUCCAGAGAACAUCAAACAAAUUCCGUACAGUACCAUCCAAAAACUUUACGAUCACGAAUUGGAAAGCGUGACGAACAUCGACUGGAGCCAGUAUGCGUACGUGAAUUAUGUCGCAGACAAGAACUACGUGUGUAGUUCCAUGAUUCAUUUCAACAGGUUACAUGAAAGUGGGACCCAGGCCAAGUUGGUCAUGCUUGUAGCGAAGGAAUUGACCGAGUUACCAGAAGACGAUUCAGUUACCAGAAUGUUGGCCCAAUUCAAGGAAAUCUCAGAUAAUUGUAUUGUGAAACCCGUUGAGAACAUUGUCUUGAGUCAAGGUUCCGCUCAAUGGAUGACCAGUAUGACCAAAUUACGUGUUUUUGGUAUGGUUGAAUACAAGAGAAUUGUGUACUUUGACAGUGACUCCAUUAUUACGAGAAACAUGGACGAGUUAUUCUUCUUACCUGAUUACAUCCAAUUUGCUGCUCCUGCUACCUAUUGGUUCCUAAAUGAUAACGAUUUACCACAGCUAAUCGAGGAUAAUAAGCAAAUCGCUUUGGCCAACAAUCAAACCGCAGAAUUGACUGAGAUUGAAGACAUCUUACAACAGAAGAUCGACGACUCCGAGGAUAUUUACAACUUCUUGCCAAACUUACCAAAGAGAUUGUACCCCAAGUCCGACAACGCAAGAAUCGAUUCUACAGACAACACAUAUUUCAAGUACGCGGCCACGUUGAUGGUGAUCAAACCGGAACAAGAGAUGUUUGAACGUCUUGAACAAGAGGUCUUACCUAAAUAUUUGAACACUACAAACAAAUACGACAUGGAUCUUAUCAAUAUCGAAUUCUACGAUUUCAACGGUACUGCAGAGGCACAAAAGAAAUUGUACGAUCAAUCCCCACAAAGUUUCAAACCCUCGAUGCUGGUGCUCCCAUUCAACCAAUACACUCUCUUGACAAAAACUAUCAGAGAAAAGAACAGAGUGAAAUUACUCAGUAACGAUAUGCUUGGUUACGAGACGAAAAAACCUACAGAUUUCAGAGACGCUUCUUAUUACCACUUCAGUGAUUCUCCAAUCGGGAAACCAUGGAAAUACAAAGGUCUAGAAGACAUCCCAUGCAACCCAGGUGAUUCUGAAGAGAUCUGUAACGCCUGGCACUCUAUUUUCUCAAACUUCUGGGACGGAAGAGCUAAAUAUUGUGUUGCUUGA